AUGGGAGCUAAGCGAGACCGCGGCGACAACGAGUGUGUUCCUCCGUCAUCGGCCCAGCUGGGGCCGCCGCUGCUGCGAUGCCCGUGGUGCACUGACGGGCUUUUGCUGUGCCCGUGGGAAGCGAAGGAUAGUAACGUCGAUGACGCGAGCACGGGUCAUGCCGGUGAAGAGGAUAGUUUUAUUUGCACGAAUCGAGCCGCAUGCCCCCACAAUGAGGUGCUGUUGCAGGAUUGGACUAUUGCCUUUUCGGGCAUUAGCGGACGCGCACUGCUUCGCCACUUUUAUGCCGCACUGGAUGCACAUCUGCAAAGCUGCAAGGGUAGGGGCAAGUGUUUAACGCAUACUGGUGCUCGUCCGGUGUGGAGCAUUGUGGCGGAACGGAGUCCAUUGUAUGCGGAGCCGUCGGCCGAGUGCUGGCGGCUGCGCGAGUGUUCAGCGCCUGUCUUUUACUUUUUAGUGUGUGAGGAUUGUGCGGUGCGGGAGUUUGUUUGCUGA